AUGAUUCUCUUCAACAAGCCAUCUUUCUUUCAGUGCGUGGUCGACGCCUUCAGCGGCUACAGCUGUCCUCUCGGUGAACGCCAUUUCCAUUCGAAUAUCAAGUACAGUUUCAUCAUGGCCAAGUUGAGUUUCGUUAUCCUUUCGGUGUUCGUCGCUAUGACGUCCGCCUUUGUGCCUGUCUCUCAGGUCAACACCCCAACUCGGGCAACCUUUGCUCCCACCAUGGAGUCCAGUGUUGCCUUGAACAUGGCUGAAGAUAUGUACUGGGAGGACGAAUACCCUCCUUCCAAGGUUCUUGGACCUGUCAUGUCCAAGAUGCCCUCUGCUCUUUUGGGAAUGAUCUCCUUGGUCUUCCUUGCCUCGUGCGUCGUCUCUGUCUACCAAAGCCAACUUCUUGUGCAAGAACCCGGCGCCAUUGAAUCUGGAGCCUGGGUUAAAUGGUACUAUGUCCUCGGAAGUUUCGGAGGUCCUCUUGCCUGGGGAACUCACGUCGCGUGCUGGAUCCAGCGCAAGAACGGAAUGUAA